GCCGCGGGGCGGGGCGACUGUGGCGGCGACGGCGGGAGCGGCGGGGACGCUGCCUCUCGCCUCCGGGCGUUGCGUCUCCGUCUCUCCCCUCCGAGCGCCGGGUCUCCGUCUGCAGCCGCCCUGGGGCUUCGAUUACCUGGCCUACAGCCACAUUUCAUCACACAGCCUCCUUUCGUCAUACUCUGAUGUGAACAUUUACAUGAUGGCAGAACCACUUCACUUGAAGAACAGAGGAAGUUCCACGGAAGGUGUAACUAUUAGAGGGAACAUGCUGUUGACAGCUGCAGCUGAUAAAGGAAAUACCGUGUCACAUUCUGAUUUGAUUCAUGAGAAGCCAAAGAACUUGAAAUAUUCCUCUGAAAAUGUUUUCUCUAUUGGCUAUGAUAAGAGUCUUUUUAAUUCAUUAGUAUCACGCCCUCAAACCAGGACUUGCCAUCAUUGUGGUCUGUUUGGAUCCCUCAGAUGUUCACAGUGCAAGCAAAUAUACUACUGCUCUGCAGACUGUCAGAAGAAAGACUGGCGAGCACAUAGUGUUGUAUGUGAGCCAGUUAAACAGAAUGUAAGUAAUAACAGUGGAGGCAUGUUACCUGCUAAAACUGAGACAGGAGUUUGUCUUAAGGGUAAUUCAACAUCUGUGGAUUCCCUCAAGACAAGAGAGCCCAGCAAGAAAAUAAUGCUUUCAGAUCUCCAGGCUCUAGGGAUCAAAAAAGCUAUGGAAGUACAGGGUACAGUAACAAAGUUCAAGAGUCCAAGUGAAUUUUAUAUACAGAUGAGUUCUCCAAAAGUUUUAGACCAGAUCAGUAAACUAUCUGUGAAACUGCAAGAUUGUUACGCUAACACGGUUAUUCAGGAGCAGUAUUUUGCUGUCAAAGGGGAAGUCUGCGUUGCAAGGUGUUCUUCGGAUCAGACCUGGAACAGAGCCCUGGUAAAAGAUGUGGAUAUGUUGCAAAAGAAAGCACAAGUAUUCUAUAUCGAUUAUGGAAAUGAAGAAAAUAUUCCACUCUCCUGGAUUAAAGCGCUGCACAAAGACACUGAACUGUUGUUUCCUCCAUGUGCCAUUAAGUGUUCCAUUGCUAAAUAUGAUCCAAAAGAAAAAAGAUGGAAUGAAGGCAUUGCCAGCUUUUCUUCCCAGCUCAUGGGAAAGCACUGUUCAGUAACUGUUGUUGACAUAUUACAGGAGGAAAUGAUGUUGAGUUUUGCUGUAGAUGUUCUUCUAGAUUUUGGAGACUGCCUAGAUAAAGUACCUUUGGAAAUGAGGUCUGAUUUGACUCCAGGAGGUAAUGCAAAAGGAACAGACUGUCUGAGAGUGUCAGAAAACCAUUGUAAGGGAAGUAGAGAAAAAAUACCUGAAGAUGAAGAAUUUCUUCACUGUGCUAACUCAGUUGCCAAUUGUAUCUCCUUAUGUGUCGGAGAUGUAUUCUCUGGUGUUGUUUCCUGCAUUGAAAAUCCAGAAAACUUCUUCUGUCAGCAGAUGCACAAUGCCCGUCAACUUGCUGAGCUUCAAGUAUCUCUCAAUGAACAUUGUGGCAAAUUUCCCAGUAGUUCAGCUUUCCAUCCUGCUGCUGGAAAUGUGUGCUGUGCCCAGUUCACAGAAGACAAUCUUUGGUAUCGUGCUGUGGUUACAGAAUAUGUUUCUGAAGAUUCUGUUUUGGUGAGCUAUAUAGAUUAUGGCAAUUACGAAGUUCUUCCUCUGACUAGACUUCGUCCUGUAAUUCCAAGAUUAAUGGGCUUGCCAGCUCAAGCCAUAAGAUGUGCCUUGGCAGGUGUAAAGCCAUCAUUAGGAACCUGGACCUCAAAACUUAUUUCUUUUAUGAGCCAACUGGUGAAAGACAAAGUGUUCACAGUAAAAGUAGUGGAUAAAGACAGUUAUAGAUGUGUGGUGGAGCUUGUAGAUGCAUCAGUUACUCCAGUAAUAAAUAUAUCAAGCUGUCUUAUAGAGAAAGGCUGUGCAGCUGAGGAACCAAGGGUGGCCUUGCCAACAAUUGGAAUCGGUGAUGUUAAGAAAGCAAACGAGGACACAACAAACAAAAGAAUUUGCAAGUGGAGUAAAUUAACUCUUAAACAAACAGUAGAUGUUGUAGUGUGUACGCUGUACAGUCCUGGAGAGUUCUACUGUCAGAUUUCAAAUAAGAGUGAGUUACAUGCUCUAAACACACUUAACAAAUCAUUGUCUGAAUACUGUCAGAAAACACCACCGAAUAAUUUUAAGCCUGAGAACGGAGAACCUUGCUGUGCGGUUUUUCCCACUGAUGGCAACUGGUACCGUGCUUUGGUGCAAAACGUUACUUCAGAUGGAACUGUUAAAGUAUGUUUUGUGGACUAUGGAAACGUUGAGGAAGUACCAUUGGAUAAAAUACGGCAGAUCUCAUCCUCAUUCCUAAAACUUCCGUUUCAAGGAAUUAAAUGCUGGCUCUCAGGUAUAAAGCCUGGUGACAGCAAAUGGAUUCCAGAAGCUACAGCAAGGUUUCACAUGUACACUGCAGGGGUAAAGCUUCAAGCCAGAGUAACCUCCCUUUCCAGCAAUGGCGCAGGUGUCGAGCUUAUUGACAAUUCCACAGGUCAUCCAAAAGUGAUCAAUGAGAUAUUAACCUCUGAAAAAUUGGCUGUGAAGGAAGUUCUAGAAGAUACAAAUAACUUUCCAAACACGUCUGUUGACAAAAAAGAAACCUCACGUGGACACUGGAAGUCGAUUGAAUUUGCUAUAGGUGAAUCUGUAUGUGUCUGUGUAACCGAAGUUGUAAGCCCUGACUUGUUCUAUGCUGUACCAGUUCAAGCUAAAGAUCAAGAGAAGCUACAUCAGCAGCUGGUUGAAAUAGAAAGCUAUUGCCAGUCUCAAAAGACCAAGCCCUUCAGACCACAGCUGGGAGAAGCCUGUUGUGCCCUGUUUUCAGGUGAUGGCCAUUGGUACAGAGCUCUUGUUCUAAAAGUUUCUGAGUCUCUAGUGCAAGUACUAUAUGCAGACCAUGGGAGGACAGAAAUUUUACCCUUUUCAAAGGUGCUGCCCAUCACUGAAUCCUACUUAAAGCUGCCUUUUCAGACAAUUACAUGUUCACUUGCAGGAAUAGAGAAAGCUGAGUGGUCUCCAUUGUUAUUGGACAAGUUAAAAGAAAUGUUAUUGAAUAAAUAUGUCACAAUUACAGUGAAAGGGAUUAACGGAAAUGUCAAUUCAGUAACAGUGGAGAAACUUAAUGAAAAUGGUAGUCUGAAUGUAGCUCACAAACUGGUAAUGGAAGGUUUGGCCAAAUCCUGCAGGGCUGAAAACUUCAGUACUGAACAUCAAGGUGAUGGAGGUGAGACCAAAUGCUGCUGCACAGAAUUGAAAAUGCAACUUAAAAAGCACGAACAGAUCCUACUCUUCCUUUUAAACAAGUAUGGGAAUCCAGAUGGAUUUGCUGAAAUGAAGAAUCUCUUGGAGCACUAGGUCUCUGACACGUGCCAUUUCACUUCUAUGUAUGCCAGGUUGCUGCAGUUCCUUUUUCGGAAGAGCAAGUGUAUUCAUCAGCUUAAAAAAUAGUUGUUUUGUAGAAAUUCUGCUGUUUAAGUACAUGUAUUUAUUUGUAUGCUUGGAUUGUUGUGAAAUAAGUAUAUAACUUGAAGGAUUUCAAAGCCGCAGGCUAAAAUUUGUUUUCUGUUUUUGUUUCAUGCCACCAUGUGCUGCUAAGUUUUUUUGCUUUUAUUUUGCUGUUGAAUGCACAUAACGUAACGGGAUGGCUGUUGCAUCGUGAGUCUGUUCUACAAACUUACAUUUGAAAUGAUUGUAAAGUUUACUUCAACUUUGGUACCCUUGCUUUGACUUGAGAAACUGUAUCUGACCUGGAUUAGUCUGCUUUCAACUUCUGUCCAACUUCAGACCAGGAAUUAAGAUUGUUCUUCAUAGAUUUGGUUUAAGUAUCAAUAAAGGCUGAAUCUUGUCUUGAACUGCGUAUAGGUAGUUCUCUCUAAAAUCAAUAAACAUUUACAUGUUUAUUAACUAACAUGCUGUGUAAUAUGCAUCUGUGAAUAUCAUUUUGAAGUAAACUGUAUUACAGCUGGUUUGUCUGUAGCUGCGUUGUCAGGAUUUCUGCCCCAUUAAGUUUUUUCACAUCAUAAUAGGAAAGUCGCAUUCUGGGAUAUGACAAAAAUAUUGACUCAAAUUAACGGAUUUUCAGUAUUUCUCCAAAACGUAGUUGAUACCCGAUUGUCAUUUCUGACUAAUCCAGUGGCGAUGUUACUAAGGGAUGCCUAAUUAUUGUUCAUAGAGCACAGUAGACAUUUGCUUAUUUAAACUUCAGGGUCAGCUUCUUUGUCCACUUAAAGUAUACAUUUUAAGUUUGGGCUUUGUGCAAAUUGGAAGGAUCUUGAGAUUAAACUUGUGAAAGUGAAA